GUGACGGUUGUGGUGGAUGCGGCUACCAGACAGCGAAACCAGCAAACAGCCAUUUCACAGAAUCGAGAUUAUAAAACCACUCUUGGCUCGAAUGAAUGCUUCUGGUGUGGGCGUGUGGCAAUGUGUGUUUGAUGCUCUGUCUUGAUUUGCGGAGAAAAGUGUGUGCUGUGUGCUCGCGAAUUGUCCAAGAACAUGCCUCGAUGUCGACAUCGCUCCUCGCGCUCGCCGAGCGUCCGCCGCUCGCGUUCCCGUGAUCGAUUCAAGCACAUUGAGUCGGAGCGCUCCAACCGUCGCCGUGCUAGCCCCAGCAGCCGUCACCGCCGUCAUCGGCGCCGCUCCUCGUCUGCGCCGCGCUAUCGCCGACGCCGCUCUUCAACGCCGGACAGUCGUCGACGCGGUGGCUCGACCGAGAGGCGCCGUCGCUCCUGCAGCCGCCAGCCUCAACGCGAGCGACGUCGCCGACGUAGCAGCCACUGCACCAGCGUACAGGACGACGAGAACGGCCACCUCGUUUACCGAGCCGGAGAUGUGCUUCGCGACCGCUACCGCAUCGUCGGCUUCCUGGGUGAGGGUACUUUUGGUAAGGUAGUGCAUGUAAAGGAUCUAGCGAAUGGUGGACGUUCACGUGCGCUCAAAAUCAUUAAAAAUGUCGAGAAGUACCGUGAGGCCGCUCAGUUAGAAAUCAACGUGUUAGAAAAGUUAGCCGAGAAAGACCCAUACGGAAAGCAGAUGUGUGUCCACCUCUGGGACUGUUUUAACUACCACGGGCACACAUGUCUGGCUUUCGAGAUCCUCGGAAAAAGUGUGUUUGAUUUCCUUAAAGAGAACAACUAUCAUCCUUACCCGAUCGAGCACGUUUUGCACAUGGGUUACCAGCUGUGUCACGCUGUUAAAUUCUUGCACGACAACAGGCUGACGCACACAGAUUUGAAACCUGAGAACAUUUUGUUCGUUAACUCUGACUACGACGUGGUAGCGGACGCUCGCCACAAGAAGGAAAGUCGCAUGCUGCGCUGUCCCGACAUCCGACUCAUCGACUUCGGCAGUGCCACGUUCGACCACGAGCACCACUCGAAGGUGGUCUCGACGCGCCACUACCGCGCCCCCGAGGUGAUCCUCGAGCUGGGCUGGGCGCAGCCGUGCGACGUCUGGAGCAUUGGCUGCAUCCUGUUCGAGCUGCACCUCGGCUACACAUUGUUCCAGACGCACGACAACCGCGAGCACCUGGCCAUGAUGGAGCGGGUAGUGGGCCCUCUGCCGACGGGCAUGGUGCACAGCACCAAAACCAGAUACUAUCCGGGCGGCCGGCUCGACUGGAGCGACCGUUCGUCGGCCGGCCGCUACGUGCGUGACAACUGCCGGCCGCUGCGCAACUACUUGUCGCGAUCUGACGACGACAACCAUCGGCGUCUCUUCGACGUGAUAGAGGCCAUGCUGGUGCACGAGCCCUCGGAGCGGCUCACAGCGGCGCGCGCGCUACGCCACCCAGCGUUCGACCGGGUGCGCGCGGCGGCCAGUGGUAGCGCGUAACAGAAAGGUGUGUGCGUUACGUGACGGGUGACGUGGACGCGCUGCGAUGCAACGUUCAACCCCUGACUCGGUGGGGAUUAUAGCCCUUAGGGGGCACGAGUGAAGUGAUUGAUGCAGGAGUGAAUGAUUCGGUGAUCGUUGUGUUUGGUCUAGUUGCUUGUCCUGGGACUGUGACAAGUAUAUUGGUGUUUGUUGAGCAUGGAUCGUGUCAUCGUAUGAGGUUUGUUGGUGUUUCAUGCAUUUUCUUCUUUUUGCAGGAAAUGUGUUUAAGGGUCUGGUGUGUGGCUUGAAAAAGUGUUUCCUUUUGACUAACCCAGAAGGUAACGUUCAUUAUGUGUUGCUGAACCCUGUUUGAAUGGCUGACAUCGAUAUUCGAAAUGUCGCCAUUGCUCACACGUUUUUUUUUUUGUAUUGCGGUAAUUUUUGUCACUGAUAGCCGUUUGCUGAUGGACUUGUUGCAAACUCGGUAGACACGUUUCAUGUAAAAAUAUUAUUUUGUUAAAAAGUGUCAUCGGGUAAAUUUUGACUUUUUACUUGCUAUUGAAAAUCUUAGGCUGGAAUGUAUCACGGUCCGAGUUUUCUUGUCCUGGCAGCUCACCUACAGGUGGAUAAUCGUUUCCCCGACGCUCGAUUGAUUUUUCUUGAUAGAGAUGUUUUCUAUCGUUGCAGUUUGCAAUAUACCUACACAAUGUG